CGAGUAAGCCGAAGGAGAAACAGAAUGAGACGUGUCAGACAACACCAAAGACCGCGAACGUUGGCAUUGGAACGGUCACUGUUGGAUCGCAGAUCGACAGUCCGGAAGAAAAAGGCUCGACGAUUUCACCGAAGAAGUCACAAAAGAAUCAAGACACAUCCACUCAACAGAACGGUACCGAAACUUUGAAAUCCGAGGGGACGCAAGCAGGUGGCACGCUUCAGAAUAAAACCUUACGAAAGGAGCAGCUUCAUCAAACGAGAUCGGUCGAUUACACAGAACUGGAGAUGCAGAACGGUAACAUCUUCAAUAUCGUGAAUAACAACAACACCGGAAGAAAAUUAAAGAGCAAGAGCACUGACGACAUGAGAAUCGAGAACGCACAGAAUGGCGGAAUCAGCUUAGAUUCUAAUACGCUGAAGAGAAUGUUGAAACCGAUGUCGAGCAUCGACAGUCCCGUGACGUCACCCGAAAUGACGAGAAAGAGGCAUAGUCAUCAUAACUAUCAUUAUCAUCCGAGUAAUAACAAUCAGAAGUAUGUUAUGCAGGAGGCAGAAAACGAGAAUUAUUCGCAUCCUUAUCGUGCACCGUAUAACAACAAGUUUCAAGCUUCUAGGAGCGUUCACGACAUGGGUCAACAAUAUCCUGGCGGUAGAGGCAGGACGUACAUAGAUUCGGAACGUAAUCGGUGCACAGGUGAUAUGUCUCCGCCUUCGGAUAACGUCAUUUUCGAUAAUCAAUGUUACGCCACAACACCGAGUUCUUCCAAUGGUAACUCGGAUAUGGAACAACCAAACCAUUGCAACUCUCGUCGUUGCAACAGCGGCCAGACAUAUCAACAGCAAAAUAUGCAGUCGGUUUCGACACCUGGGAGUCCUACCAGCAGGCUUCUUUUAGAGUACGAAAGACAUUUGAGAAAUACUCUGGCCAAAGGCAUGGAUGCUGAAAGUUAUAGUUUGCGUACAUUCGAGGCUUUGCUGACUCAGAGUAUGGAGAACCUGGAAUUGGCCGAGAACAUCCCUUUGAACGUUCAACGCACACCGCACGUUUCGCGAAGACGCUUGAGUUCGAACAAAUCAUCGACGUUACCGCUGUCGUAUCGUUAUUGUACCGAGAGACAAAACAGCAAAGAUCGAGAUGGCUAUUACAGCGAUCGAAACGAGAUAAUAAGGGAAAAGAGAGAACGAGAGGUGGAUCGUGAUCGCGGCUACCUCAGCGAUUACAAUUCUCGAUGCGCCAGCUGUAUCGGGGAAUCGGCACGUGCUCAGUGGUUUAGGCAUUCGGAUGGUUGGCAAUCCGGAAGUUCGACGCUCGGUUCAGGUGCAUCCAGUUCAAUAAAUCCAGGUUAUUCGAGUCAUAAAAGAGAAUCUCCAUGGGACUCGUUGCCCUCCUUGAGACACGAAGGGAGUCUCAACGAUAGCGGCUACAAGUCCAAUCGAACGGAUUCCUUGGAACAAAGAGGUACUUUUGACAGACAGGACAGCGUUCGUUCCGAUUAUAUGUCCGACAGAGAUGGUAGAUAUGGAAUCGUUCAACAAGCAUCCUUGGAGAGUACGGACUCGAGGCUUUGUUACUUGACGUCUUCGGAGAUGUCGGAUGACGAUAGAAUGUCUCUCACGACUGCAGUCAGCGACGACGACGAUGGUGAAAGCGUUAUAAAUUCGCCCUAUCGAGGAAAACAAACUGGAACUGCUGCGGCUUCGUUCAAUUGCACCGGUGCUGUUAGGAAAGCAGGUUUCCUCAGCGUGAAGAAAUGGUUGUUACGUAAGAAGCAUCAAAUUGAGCUUGCAAGGAAAAGAGGCUGGAAGGGUUACUGGGUCUGUCUGAAAGGGACCACGCUUCUUUUCUACCCUUGCGAUUCGCAAGAAAGUAGAGCCAUGGAAGCGGCACCUAAGCAUUUAAUUAUCGUCGAUGGUGCUAUUAUGCAGCCAAUUCCGGAGCACCCGAAGAGGGACUACAUAUUUUGCCUGAGCACCGCUUUCGGCGAUGCUUAUCUUUUUCAGGCGCCGUGUCAAGUAGAACUCGAAAACUGGGUGAAUAGCAUACAUUCUGCCUGUGCAGCCGCAUUCGCUCGUCAUCGUGGUAAGACCGGGACUUUACAUCUUCUUCAGGAGGAGAUCUUUCGUUUGGAGAAGGCGAUAGAAUCGGAUCACAAGAUGAAACACAUGGCCGAUCUUCAGCAAUCCGUCGUGUCCGACGUCGAGACGAAGCAGCAGAUCAACAAUCAAAUAGUACAGUGGGAAGAAAAUCUGGAACGCCUUCAUUGCGAGCAAUUCCGUUUGAGAUGUUAUAUGGCCAGUUUGCAGAGCGGGGAAUUACCUAAUCCGAAGAGUCUACUGACACACGUAUCUCGCGCGACGAAGCAGACGUUGAACAAAUUGGGUGUCUUCACCGUGUCGUCCUUCCAUGCAUUCAUUUGCGCACGAAGUCCCUCAUUAUUGAACAAUUUGUUAGCCGGCCGUGGCGCUACCAAGAGAAGACCACCACUUUUAUCUAGGUCGAACAGCGGAUCUAGCCGAAGGUCACUCCAAAUAUCCUCUAGAGACGAAGAGAAGACUGUAAAGGUGUCCGUGCCGGAUAAUCAGCUCGUUUCGGUUUUUCUACGCGAUGCUAUGACGGUAGAAGAAUUUUUAGCGAGCGCUUGCAACAGGAAGAAUCUCAAUCCGAUGGAGCACUUCGUGCGGGUGAAGAAACGACGUGACAUGGAGGACCAUAAUUAUUUUGUACCGCAUAGAACCGAUCUGAUCGAAACUUACUUGCAUACGCACGAGAUCGUUGAGGUCUGCGCAAAGAUCUUGUAUCAGGUGGAAUUGCAAAGAAACACUUUGGAACAAAUGUGGGGCUUCUCCGUGGAGGCCGAACUCAUCGAAAAUUCUGAUCGACAGGACGAGCUUUGCUGCUACGUUAGCAGAGUCGAAGAUAAAAGUGUGGCCAUGCAGAACGGCAUUAUUAAGGGCGACGAGAUCAUGGUGAUCAACGGUGCGAUAGUAAGUGACUUGGAUAUGAUGUAUUUGGAAAGCGUUCUUCAAGAAGAAGUCGGUCUCUGUAUGAUGAUGAGAUCCUCGAGAACCGAACCACCGGAUCUUACCGGAAUCAUGAGAGUCACCGAUGACAUCAUCGAAAGUCUGGUUUGUCCUCCUCCACCUUCCGAUCCGCCAGUCAUAAGCGAGGAAAUGAUAUCCGGCCUGAUAGUACCAGCUCCCGGAUGGAGCAAAGAAAGUCUCAUGCAAGAGUGUACGACGACCUCGCACAUAGAAAAUGGUAAGCAAACGUCGAGAACGAAUUCUUUCGAGAUUGAAAAUUUAUUAAAAACGGCGGAACAAGUAACGGGUAUUUGCCGAUCGCCCGGUGAGACCAGGAAGUCGAGUCCCACCGGAAGCGUCGUGAGUUCUCAUUCGCAAGCGUUAACACCAAGUAGACAGCUGAGCGACGCUGAAAAACUAAAGAAAGUGAUAUUAGAACUGAUCGAGACUGAACGAACUUAUGUAAAGAAUUUAAACAAUUUGCUGGAAAACUAUUUAGAGCCCCUUAAACGCGAGACCUUCCUAUCGAAUGCCGAGAUAAAUGCACUUUUUGGAAAUAUUCAGGAGAUAGUCACGUUUCAACGACAGUUCCUGCAAAAUCUUGAUCACGCAAUUGAGAUGGAGGCGGACUUUAACAGCUUUGAUCAUCCCAGUCAAUUUAAGGGUGUUCUGUUUUCCAUUGGAAGUGCCUUCUUAUAUUACGUAAAUCACUUCAAGCUGUACAGCUCGUUUUGCGCCAGCCAUUCGAAGGCCCAAAAAGUUUUACAUCCAAACGAAGGAAAUCAAGCUUUACAAGAGUUUCUGCAAGCGAGAAAUCCGCGUCAGCAGCACUCGUCGACAUUGGAAUCGUACUUGAUAAAACCCAUUCAAAGAAUACUCAAGUAUCCGUUGCUUUUGCAACAACUUAGAAAUCUCACAGACGAGCGAAGCGAAGAGCAUCAACAUUUGAUAGAGGCCCUUAAAGGUAUGGAGAAAGUCGCGGAGCAUAUUAACGAAAUGCAAAGGAUUCACGAGGAAUACGGAGCUAUUUUCGAUCAUCUCUUCAGGCAACAUCAAAAAUCCUGCAAACAGCCGAUCGAUUUGAGUCCUGGAGAUCUUUUGUAUUAUGGCGGCGUCGAGUGGCUAAAUAUUUCGGACUUUCUUGGAAAGAUAAAGAAAGGCUUGGAAUUGCACGCCAUGUGUUUCGUUUUCAAAUCCGCUGUCGUGUUCCUGUGUAAGGAGAGAUUAAGACAAAAGAAAAAGCUCAUGGGAGUUUCCACGAAAGCGAAUUCCAGCGAGGUAGAAAUAAUCCGCUAUCAAGUUUUGAUUCCUGUCACCGAAGUUCAAGUAAGAGCCAGUUCCGCGAAAGAUAUGGAAUCGCAUUUCCUAUGGGAAUUGAUACAUCUCAGAAGUCAAUUACAGAGAAGAUCGGAAAAAGUAUAUGUACUUUCCAACAGUACGACGGAAUUUAGAAAUGCGUUCCUAAAAACGAUUCGACAAAUCAUACGAGAAUCGGUCCGAAAUAUGAGCAUUCCUUCGACGAAACAAAAUCUGAACCAACCACCGAUGACGAUCGCACCUCGAAUGUCGACUGGCCACGUAGAAAAAUUUGAAAAGCAAGCGGUUCAGGUACAAGGUCAAAAUGGUAAUGGUAACACGAUAGUAACUACGGGAACGUUGUCGAAAAAAGCUAUAAAACAACAAUUGUUGAGCAAUUCGCACAAUGCCAAGCGAAAGUACAGUCAUUCUAAACAAUCUGUGGAGCAUGAGAGUUCGGAAGACAAGGAUAUGGAGGAACCAGUUAUAAGUCAACAACAGAUAAUCUUUCGUACGAGAAGCAAGACCAUAAGCGAUACUUCAGGUGAAGUAAAAGUUGAAAUGGACUCGGGCACAAAAUCGGAAGGGGAGGAAGACUCUCAAGCUUUUUUAGGCGAGAAGAAGACUAAUCUGGGCCGUACACCGAAUCAUUUAACACUGAGCACUACUUCGACCAUUUCCGCAGGAAGUACUGGCAGCCAAGCCAGGCUCAUUCAGUCUUCUCACCAGCCAGAGAAUUAUCAACCCAUUACAGUAAAAGAGCUUGGUUCGCCAAUUUGGAAGCCCCGAGAAUUACCGUCGCUCGGCGAGGCGACGACGUUACCAAGAAAGGGUAAGUCGGCCAGCGAGUUCACGGACAUGACCUCGAGCCACAGCGCCUCACGGAAAUCUCUCAUAGAGAUCAGCAAUUGUGCUCAACAAUCUAAUUUUAAUAAUCACGUUUAAGUUUCAAACGUCAGGGACUAACUCGUUAAAUAAAGUAUCCGUUAAGUUCGAACUAUCGAACGAACGAUGACUCUACUAAUGCAUAAGGCCAGACGACGACAAGUAAAAGGGGUAGAAAGAAAAAGAAAGAGAAAGAGAGAGAGAACGAGAGUGAGGGGCUGAUAGUAAGAAAGGCUAAGAAACACACGUUAUCACCAAGGCUAAUUAGCGUGUGAUUUAAUUUAGAAAUCUCGCUCGCCGCCCACGCGGUACGCAUAAACGAAACGAAACGAAAACGAAAUCCGCUCCUCCUCCUCCUGCUCCUACAUCGUGGUACGUACUCCUCCUUUUUCUCAUUUUGUCUUCCAAGUAACAACAACGUUGUGUCGUCGGCCAUCUCACAAUGCGGUACGAUCUUCGCUAUUCCCCAAAAUACGUAUCACAUUUGCGCGACAUAAAAUGUCCGACAUUGUGUCGCGUACACGUACGUAUCGAAAUAGAAUUCCAUUAGAAUUCUCGCGUUUGAAUAAGAGCGAAAAUAAAUCGGUCAUUUUUUACUUCCCGUCGACAAUUUCUUUGCUCGAUCGUUCAUAGAUCGUAUAACUCGCGAUCCGGUUUCUCUCCGUUUAUUUUCCGACGGCGCGUCCAUCCGUGGUACGGUAUCGUUGCCGCUCGAAAAGCAUCAUUAACGUUAAUCACCGUGAACCAAAAAGUACUCACGGGGAACGUGAGAAGCGAGAAGGAAGCGGAAUACCAAGCGUCCGCGCGAUAAAUUAUUAGAGCGCGUAACGCUCUCGCAUCACAUGCGAGAUUCUUUGUCGUCCCUUUUUCGUUUCCGCACCUACGUUCCUACGUAACAUAUUACUCCGAUGGGGUAGUCUCCUUUUUCAAUCGCCGUUAAAGGGAAAAAAGAAGAAAGGAGAUAAAAAAAAGACGCGAUUAGCGAGAUAACACUUCCUUCCACUUUCACGAGCGUUUCUCCGCGUGGACGGCAAAGCGAUCGACCGACAAGCCGAUCGACCCUGUGUAUAUAUUGUAAUGAUGAUGAUGAUGAUGAUGAUGAUGAUGAUUAUUAUUAUUAUUAUGAUGAUGAUGAUGAUGAUGAUGUCCUUACAAUUACCACUUAAUUAUUAUUAUCGUCAUUAUGUAUAUUGUCAUUAUUCUUACUAUUCUUAUCAUCAUCGUCGCUAUUGUUAUUAUUUAUGAUUACUAUUUAUUAUUAUUAUUAUUAUUAUUAUUAUUAUUAUUAUCAUUAUUAUCAUUAUUGUUAUUAUAAUUAUUAUAAUUAUUAAUAUUAGUAUUCGCCAUUGGCAUUAUCGUGAUCAUUGUCACACCAAUGAUCAUUAUUAUUACCAUUAUUAUUACACAUUAUAACGAAAGAUAAAUCUGAGAAAAAACGACGAUGUACCGAAUAAUCGUAGCGAUAUAAAGAAUCAAUUAAAAGAAGUCGUAUAUAUUAUAUAUAUAAAUAUAUAUAUAUAUAUGCUUGUAUAAUUGUAUAAUAUAUACAUAUAUAUAUAUGCAUAUAUAUAUAUAUUAUACAUAUGGAAACUAAAGAGUUGGGGUAGGGGAAGUUUAUGAAUUUUAUUGUUCGUCGACCACGGUUUCCCCGGGUUAGUUUCGCAAAAAAAAAAAAAAACCAUAAAAAUAGAUACAGAGAAAGAGAGAAAGAGAGAGAAGAGAGAGACAGAGAACAUGCAUUGACUCGCUUUCGAACUCGGACUUCCUCACCGAUAUAGCAGACUUUAUUUUUAACGUUACUUAUAAUAUAUAAAAAGAAAAAAAACGAAAUGGUCUGGAUGCGCGAGGUCGAAUGCGAAUUUCUUACCGAGCUUGUCGCGAUACGUGAUAAAGGAAAAAAUGAAUAAGUAGAACAAAGAUUAAAAAAAAAAGAUAAAAGAGAGAAGAAACGAGAGUGAACGAAAGAGAAGAAACGAUCUUAAAGGAGCUCAUAGAAUUUAUUAUUAAAGAAGAAAAAAAAAAGAAGAAAAAAAAGAAAAAGAAAACUGAUAAAUUAAACUGCGAAACGAACGAGCACGAGGAACACCAAAAACAUCGGCAGAGAACUAAACGAUAUCCGAUAUAUAAACACGUUGUUAAUGGGUAUUACGAUAAAUUUAAGCCGGUAUCGAAGGAUUAAUUCGUGUAAAUUAGACGACAGAAAGUAUCCACAUAGAUGAAUACCUACAACCAAGAAUAUAUAUAAAUAUAAAAAUACAGACACACAUACGGAUACAUAUACGUACACACUCAUAUACACGUUAACAUGCGCGUGAAACGAGACACGAAGAAAAGAAAUGAAAGCAGCCAUAGACACACACACACACACACACAAAUCUACACGGACUCGUUUCACGCAAACAUUCUCACUUAUAGACACGCAUACACGUUUAACACAUAACUUGGAUUAAUAGAUGACGUUAAUUAGGAAAAUCGCGCGUGGCACGGCCGAACCGCCGAAUCGAUUUUAUCGAACGAACGAAAUCGCGUGAUCUUCUUUGUCGUUAGUAAACAAAAAAAAUGGAGAGAAAGAAAAGAGAACGAAAUGGAGAGAGAGAGGAGAGAGAGAUCGAAAAAGUGAGAGAGAGAAAAUAAGAAAGGAGAAACAACGAGCACUCCACGAGGAUUCCUCUGCGAACAAGGAAAUGUUUCUGUCUGAUAAAUCUCUGUUCGUAUCCCUUACGGUAUUCGUUUUACAAAAAAACGUCUUACAAAUCUUUAACGUCGAUAUUCGGGUAAACAUAUGUGUCGUCGAUUAUGAAAUUGAUUCGAUGAAAUAAUUUAUAGAAUUAAGACGUAACAGAAGAUGAACGAUAAAAAUGAUUUGUCCAUAUAAUAAAUACUUUCGACUUCCAAUCAAAAACACUUUCAUAAUUUAUCGAUGCAUAUCGUCUCGUAAAAUGAAGGAUCGAACGAUCUAUAAAUUAAUUCGUUGGGAUACGUUGCAAGAUUAGAAUUCAGUUCGUUCCUACAAUCGACAGGAGGGGUUCCCCUCUUAUAUAUAUAUAUAUAUAAAAUAAUAAUAAUUCGAGUCCCGCCAAUCCACGUGAUCCGCGUUAUCCUCUUCGAUUUUUUCUUCGAGAUCGUCGAGACUCCGGCCGUACAUACGUCGCGAUAGAUUUCUAUAUGUAGGUAUGUACUACGUUCGAGUUCGUCGUUGCCAGUUUGGUUCUUCUUAAUCUUGCCAUGACAAUCGUGCCGAAGAUCGUCAGCCAGUAUUUAACGAUGGACUGGAAUUAAUUAGUAAUUUAAUGGAAUUUGAUAGUACACUUAAUACUCAGACUUUGAUAUAUACUGUCGUCGCACAAUUCGCAAAGUCGAUCUUCCGUUCGAGCGUGGCGAGUAGACUGACGUCGUAGAGACGAUUUUCAUUCUUAUUUCUCUCGUAACUUAAUUAUUAUCACUUUUGUUACGUUCGUCGAAAAUAAAGGAAAAAAUACAAAAAUAAAAAAAAGAAAGAAACGAAGGAAGAGGCAGAGUUAGAAAUAAAAAGUUUGAGUAGAGAGAGAGAGGGAGAGAGAGAAAGGGUGGACGAAAGAGAGAGAAACUAAAGAAUGGGGAGAAGAGCGUUGUUCGACAUUGUCGAUUCGGAUCGUUAUUACACUAGGAAUUAAAUGAUUGCGCGACAUUGAUGUUUGGAUACGUCACUCGUAAGCAUAAUAUAAUACAUACAUAUAUACAUACAUACAUAUAUAUAAUAUAAGUCGGUCAACAAUGCCGCGCGCGACGAGAGGAGAAAGAAAGAGAGCACGCGAUUAUUAGUGUGAUUACGUAGUCGGCCGAUCUCGUCAAAACGUCUUGGAUAUUAUCUGCAUAGACAAAUCCGGACCGAAAAGAUUUUUUUUCUUUAUUAUCCUACAUGAAAUCCUAUAAUGAAAUUUUCGUAUUUAACGUACUCCAUUCUAAGGGAAUACGAACAUUUUAUUUUUGCUCUUCGAGAUCUACGGGGAACAAAUAUCAAACUCGAUGUUAUCUCGAACUCGAAUGUGUAACGCAAAUUUAACGAUACUCGCAAAUAAGGAUCUCUUAAUAAAAAAAAAAUAAAAAAAAAUAAAAAAAAAUGAAAAAAAAUGAAAAAAAAAAUGAAGAAAAAGAUUAAAAAAAAAAAAGAAAAAAAAGCAGGAAAGAAAGAAUAAAAAUACAGAAGAGAGCAUCAUCGUUAUGAUUUCCGUACCGAUUAGACUUCAUAACGAAUAAAUUGGCUCAUUCGAUAUUUAAUCGAUACUUGUAGAAUCCCGUCAAUUAUUAGCGUAUCCGUCGGUGAUGUAAUUAUUAUGAUGUAUUUAUUAAUAGAUCUAUACAUAUACAUAUAUAUACAGACAGACACACAUAACUUGUAUGUAUAUUCGCGAUAUUUAAAGGCUACUCUCUGUACAGGCGAGCUUAUAGAACGCCCAUUUGAGAUUGUACACUUCAUUUUACUUUAGAUCAUUCUAUCUCAAAUACGAAGCGUAUAUUUUUAUGAGACGGUACACACAUGUGCAGGCACAUUUCAGUACAAAGUCGUCGGUGCUUAUCUCGGAUCUCAACGAAAAUUUCAUUUUUACGCGUGCGAAUUGGAGUUGGGCAAACUAUAAUCAAUUAAUAAUCGUCGAUGAUUAUAAUUAUUGAGUAAUCGGUAACAGAUGAAUGAAUAAUGAAAACGAAUGAUUAUUAUCAAUCAGGAAUUAGCAUCAAUCAGCAUUACCGUACUAUUUAUGAUCGACUAAAAAGAUUAGCAAUGUGUUAAAGAAAUAUUGAACAUACGACUAUACACAUUUGUUUUCUAUGUCAUUGAUUUCCAUCGAUAUCUUUCAAAAUUUCAUAAAGGUCGUAGUACAUUCAUACGUUUUACGAUUAUUGGUUACGGAUUAUUGAUUAUCGAUUACAAAUGAAUGAUUAAUCUCGAAGAAAAUUAUUGAUCAAUUACGAAAUUAAUUAGGAAAGUAAUCGAUUAUUGCCUUACUCCAGUGGAUACACAUUCGGUCCUUGUUCGAUCCUUAUUAGAGAAUUUGAGAAGACACGAUCGCACACGUGCGAGAUAAUAAAUAUUGUAAAAUCAUAAAUCUCGAUGCGUAACAGGCAGGUCCCCUUGAAUAACGCGUUGAGCUUUCUCUAAUUAAAAUGGCACAAACGACAAUCUCUAUCGAAAUUCCGUUACGAUUCUAAUGGCUAAACCCCAUUUUUUCCUUCUUUUUUUGUUUGUCUUUUCUUUAGCUUUUUUUCUUCCAACGUCGGGUGCUAUCAUUUUCUGCAAGUUCACGUGAAAAGUCGCGUUCACACGAAAGUAAGAGAGAUCGAUUUAAAAGAAUACAGUUCUCUUUAUAGAUCCGUUAUUGACGAUCGGCCGAGUCUGGUAUCGAUAAAAAGCGCGUCAUCAAGUGCAAGCUCUUUCUUUUCUUCUUCCUUAAAAUCGGACGCCCGGUUUCACAAAGGCCUGUCAAAUCGCGAUAUUAGAAACAGGGUGUACGAGGAUCGUGACGAGAUGUUUGGAAUGCAAAGCUCUGACAAUGAGCAGCGUCGAUUGUUUUUACGUAUUGUUAAAAGAUUCUUUCCUUUUUUUUUUCUUGCGAAUUGUAAUUUAUAUAACAAUUACAUAUAAAGUUUUGCAACUAAGAAAAGUAAUUGUCGAUCGAUAUUAUGAUAUCACAGAAAGAAUUUUCUUUUUUCUCGGACGAUUAGAUACUGAACGUUUGUCAUUUGCUAUUUCGAUGCUUCUCAAAGUCAGUUCGAAUCGCAUGACGGAAGACAAGAGGAUAAAGGGAACUAUUCAAAUGAGAGUUCUGUCGAAUAUUGCGCGAUAAUGAUCCGUAUUGUCGAUCCUAGAAAAAGUGAAAGGAAGGAAGGAAGAAAGAUGGGAGAAAAAAUGAAUGAGAGCACGUGAGACACGUCGAUGAGUCAAACAUUGACGGAGCUCGACGAAGAGAAGACACAGAGGCUGAAGAACAUCGUGGAGUACUGGAGGUCCUUAGUACGUAAUUUCAAGGUCUAAGAAACCUUAACGUAGAGAUAAACGUUCGUGAAAGGAAAUAAAAAAAUGAGAGUGAGAAAAACAGAAGAGAGAGAGAGAGAGAAAGUGAGAUGAGAAGAAUAGUCGCGAAAUAUGCGACGAUUAUGAAAAGUUUGAAGCAGACGAUGAUUCGAUAUGUAAUAUAAAGAUACACUUAACACACGUUCAAACCGUACAUGCAAAUGAAUACACGAUCACGGACACGUACACAGAAACACACACAAGCGCGCAUACAUAAAGUAUAACUAAUUAAGGCAUCGGUUAAGAUCUGACAGCGAAAAAAAAAAUAAUAAGAAAAUUACAUACUAAUUAAUAUAGGUGACACACACGCGCAGAUUUAAGAAUUUACGAAGGACCUUCUGUUGCUCGAAUUAUUGCAUUAUCUACUAUAUAUAAAUUUUAUUGUAUAAAUUCUGUCGAGGCGCGUCUCCAAGCGGGAGUCGACAUUCCUUUUUCUCCUCGUCCCAGAAUGGACGGACAAAGAAUUAGCAUCGUCAUCCGAGAAGAAAUUCCUCGGUUGAUUUCCAUUCAAUCGAGAAAAAAAAAUAAAGAAACAGAGAGAGAGAGAGGCGUACGUACGUAGAUGGUAGACGCUUCGAUAAGCCCCCAGCUUGAAUCUUCGACGUCUAUUGAUAAACGAGGUAGAAUACGUCGAUAAAAUCGCUCGAGAUUCAGCGUCAAGUAGAAAGUUUCGAGUCAUCGUACUAUUAAUUUCGAUAGCCGAUAUCGAUGCCUCUCUACGAGAAUAACUUUAUCCUUUGAUUUCGCUCGAUAUCGCGAACGUUGUAGAAAGAAAUACGGGCGAUUAGCGGAUUAAAUUGCGCGAUUGAGAUUAGCGAAUUUAAUUUCGUUGUCGAUUUCGCACAUAAUUAUUCCACGAGAGACGACAAUCAAUGAAUAAUUCAAAUGAUAAAGGACAGGAAAAAUAAUAGAUAGAAUAAAAGGAGCUUUCUUUUCUCCGUUGGAUAGCUCAAAAGUAAAAUAAGAGACGCAGCGAUCUCGAACGCGCCUUUCGUACGUCGAAGAAGAUGGGAUGAUCUCAUUUGUCAAUUAUUUUUUUUUCUUUGCGAGCUUUAUUAUUAUCAUCGAUACUUUCACGGUGCAGAUACUUUUUUUCUACCUAUACUCGAGGUAUAGGUGCACGCAUUGAAAAAGUAUUCUGACACCCUCUACUCGAGAAGGAAAAGAAAUCAAGCGGGAGGCUCGAAGAAAGCUACUCUUCUCGAUGAGUACGACGAUUCGAAUCGAGUAAGAGUAAGAGCGAGAGAGUCAGAGAGAAAGAGAGAGAAAUACAUUCUUCCCCAUAACGGAAUCCUCGUAAUUUUUCUCUAUUACAUUUUCGGAUUUAUAGAGAUAACGACGAUAUAGGAGAGAGAUUAUAUAAUAAUAUACAUACGUUAUGUAAAUCUUUUUCUUUCGAUUAAAACAUUAAGAAAGGAACCUCGAAGACGAGGACGAGCGGUUAAAGGAAUGCUCGCUGAUAAUAGAAUCUCUAGCUCGGAGACGUAUCCCAAUAGUUGGCCUAGUACCGAGUUUCAUAUUUUUCGCCCCGGUCGCAACGGAUCGUCGAACGAUUAUCGUCUAUUACAUUAUUGACAUUCUUCCAGAAAUUUUAUUGAUAUAAACUUUAUCGCUACCGUUGAACAUAAUAUAUUUGAUUAUGAUAUGGCGAUACCUUCGGUAUUAUAAUUAUGGACACCGAAUAUAUCGGGGAAUAGAGAGAGAAAGAGAAAGAGGGAGAGAGAGAGAGAGACAGGGAAAGAAAGGGAGAGGGAGAGGGGGAGAGAGGGAGAAAGAGAAAGAGAAAAAAAACUGAGAGAAAACGCAAUUUGCGUCUUGUAAAACUCAGUGGAUUUGGGGUAGUAGAUUAUAUAAAUAGGGUGUAAGGGUUGGGUAGACAAGGGGAUAGGGGGAAAAUAUUGGGAGGGGGGUUCGAGCUAUAACGAAACGAAGAUUAAGGCUAUGUAAAGACGAUAUAACGAGUCUUUCGAAAGAAAAAUCUCUUCCUUUCGUUGAUGUAAAACGUUGAGUGAUGAACCAAGGUGAAAAGAAUCUUAACUGUACGUAUGAAUGGAAAAUACAGCACAAGAAUCUCGUUUCCGUUUUCAUCUAAUUACGUAACGAUAUAUCAGUAAUGAAUAUUAUGAUUACGAUGAUUGCUGUAUUUAUUGUUAUUGUUCCUCGGUUAAGCGGAGACGUUUAAGAGUGACCCAUUUGUACAAUCAUUGAGUCAUUAAAAUAUGAUUAUUCAUUAUGGAAA